GGGAUCCCGGGAGCUGUCCGGCCGCCUCGGUGCUGAUCCCACCGCCGCCCACGGGCCGCGAGCGGUGUUCAGAGGGCACUAUGAGCGGGGGCGUCUACGGCGGAGAUGAGGUGGGGGCGUUGGUCUUUGACAUUGGCUCCUUCUCAGUCCGCGCUGGGUACGCUGGGGAGGACUGCCCCAAGGCUGACUUCCCCACUACGGUGGGGCUGCUGGCCGCCGAGGAGGGGGGCGGGCUGGAGCUGGAGGGGGAGAAAGAGAAGAAAGGGAAGAUCUUCCACAUUGACACCAACGCCCUGCACGUGCCUCGGGAUGGAGCGGAGGUCAUGUCGCCCCUCAAGAAUGGCAUGAACUCUUUUCCUUCUUGUCUCCGACCCCUGCCUGCCCACCUGCAUCUCUCCACACUGGUCUUCUGCCCCCAAGUCGAGGACUGGGAGUGUUUCCGGGCCAUUCUGGAUCACACCUACAGCAAACACGUCAAGUCUGAGCCAAAUCUGCACCCAGUGCUCAUGUCGGAGGCGCCGUGGAACACACGGGCCAAGCGGGAGAAGCUGACAGAGCUGAUGUUCGAGCAGUACAACAUUCCUGCCUUCUUCUUAUGCAAGACCGCUGUGCUCACCGCCUUUGCAAAUGGACGUUCCACGGGACUUGUGCUGGACAGUGGGGCCACCCAUACCACAGCCAUUCCAGUGCAUGAUGGCUACGUCCUGCAGCAAGGCAUUGUCAAGUCGCCCCUGGCAGGGGACUUCAUCUCCAUGCAGUGCCGGGAACUCUUCCAGGAAAUGGCUAUUGACAUCAUCCCCCCUUACAUGAUCGCAGCCAAGGAGCCCGUGCGGGAAGGCGCUCCCCCAAACUGGAAAAAGAAGGAGAAGCUACCCCAAGUCUCCAAAUCCUGGCAUAACUACAUGUGCAAUGAGGUGAUUCAGGACUUCCAGGCCUCGGUGCUGCAGGUUUCAGACUCCCCCUAUGAUGAGCAGGUGGCUGCGCAGAUGCCCACAGUCCAUUAUGAGAUGCCCAAUGGCUACAACACAGACUACGGUGCCGAGCGACUCCGCAUCCCCGAAGGCCUGUUUGAUCCCUCCAACGUCAAGGGCCUGUCAGGGAAUACCAUGUUAGGCGUGGGCCAUGUGGUCACCACCAGCAUUGGCAUGUGCGACAUCGACAUUCGUCCGGGCCUGUAUGGCAGUGUCAUUGUCACUGGUGGGAACACGCUGCUUCAGGGCUUCACUGACAGGCUCAAUCGAGAGCUUUCCCAGAAGACCCCACCGAGCAUGCGUCUGAAGCUCAUCGCCAGCAAUAGCACCAUGGAGCGCAAGUUCAGCCCCUGGAUUGGGGGCUCCAUUUUGGCCUCACUGGGAACUUUCCAGCAGAUGUGGAUCUCCAAGCAGGAAUACGAGGAGGGCGGGAAGCAGUGCGUGGAGCGGAAGUGCCCCUAAGGGCGCCCCCUGGGCACACACCCACCUGCCCGCAGCGUUGCGGAGAGGGGGACAGGAGAGGGGUGUUCCGCGGCCAGGCCUCCGCCAGCGCAGAUCGAAGCCCUCUCACCCCAUGUCCUCAUCACCCACUCCUCUUCCCCUCUUGUCCUCUUAGAUUGUGACGUUUCUGAGUUAAAAGAAGUAAAAAUC